AUGGAUGGAGAUGUGAUGAUUGCUGGGUUUUUUCCUCUCUAUACUUUGGGAAUAGAUCACAGUCACAGCCAUACUUCCAGGCAAGAAGACAACAGGAUGUUUAUCUUCAAGAACUAUCAGUGUGUUUUGGCCUUGACUUUUGCUAUUGAGGAGAUAAACAAAAACCCUGAUCUUUUACAUAAUUUAACUUUGGGAUUUGAUAUCUAUGAUGUUCACUUCAGAGCUUGGACAAUGUUUAAGAAUCCCUUCAUUUUUCUUUUUGGGAAGUAUAAGAUUCCAAACUACUCCUGUAUGAGAGUCAGCAAGUCUAUAGCAGUAAUUACAGGACCAUCAGGAAUAACAUCUGACCAGAUUGGGACAUUGCUAGGACUCUACAGAUUUCCACAGUUUACCUUUGGGCCUUUUGAUCAUGACCUGAGUGACCAUAACAAGUUUCCUGCUCUCUAUCAGAUGGCCCCAAAGGACACAUCAAUAGCCACUGCCAUAGUCUCCUUGCUGCUUCACUUCAGCUGGAGCUGGGCGGGACUAUUGACUACACAAGAUGAGAAUGGUGCAUGGGUUCUUGCUGAAUUGAAAGAAGAGAUGGCCAAGAACAAAAUUUGUGUAGCCUAUGAGCUAAUGAUCUCAACCCAAGACGCAUCACAUAUAUACAAACUCAUGGCAGUCUAUAACCAGAUAAAUCUAUCUUCAGCAAGUGUCCUCAUCAUAUAUGGUGACAAUGAUUCCCUGAUAGCUUUAAUGGUAUUUAUUGAGCAAAUAUUUAUGCAUGGUAAAGUUUGUAUCGUGAACUCACAGUGGGAUUUCACUCUGAAAAGGAAAUACUUCAUGCUAGGCUCAUUGCAUGUACCUUUUAUUUUCACACAUCAUCAUGUAGAUGUUUCUGGAUUCACAGAUUUUAUCAAGACAGUUAAACCUUCCAAAUACCCAGAAGACAUUUUUCUUGCGAGGCUGUGGUUUCUCUCUUUUAAUUGCUCAGAUGCUGAGUCUCACUGUGUAACAUGGGACAACUGUGCUCAUGAUACCUCUUUGGAUUUGUUGCCUGCAUGUACUUUUGACAUGACUAUGUCUGUGGAUAGUUACAAUAUAUACAACGCUGUGUAUACUGUGGCCCAAGCUCUCCAUGAGAUGCUUCUUCAUCAAACAGAAGUUCAAACAAUGGGAAAUAGAAAAGGAGUACUGCCUUCCUCUCUGCAGCUGCACACUUUUCUGAAGUUUUAUAAUCCAACUGGAGAUCAAGUGAUUUGGGGUGAGAAAAGGAAAAUGGAGACAGAGUAUGAUAUUCUAAACAUUUGGAAUUUUCCAGAGGGUCUUGAACUUGAGGUGAAAGUAGGAAAGUUUUCUCCAUAUGAUCCACAUGGCAAUCAACUGUCUUUAUCUGAAGAUAUGGUAGAGUGGGCAAUCGGAACUACAGAGACUCCUCACUCUGUCUGCAGUGAGAGCUGUGGUCCUGGAUUCAGGAAAUCUCCUCAGGAGGGAAAGGCUGCCUGUUGCUUUGAUUGUACACCUUGCCCAGAAAAUGAGAUUGCUAAUGGGACAGAUAGGGAGAAAUGUCUGCAGUGUUCAGAUCAUCAGUAUGCCAACACACAGAGGACUCAGUGCUUGUUGAGAGCUUCCAGUUUCCUGGCUUUUGGAGAUCCCUUGGGCAUGGUUAUGGUUGUCAUGGGUCUAUGCUUUUGUAAGCUCACUGCAAUUAUUCUUGGAAUAUUUUGGAAACACCAUGACACUGCCAUUGUCAAGGCCAAUAAUAGGGCUCUCAGCUACAUCUUGCUCAUCUCCCUCAUCUUCUGUUUCCUCUGUUCCUUGCUCUUUCUUGGCCAUCCCAACACAGUCACCUGCAUCCUGCAGCAGAUCACAUUUGGGGUUGUGUUCACUGUGGCUGUUUCCACAGUGUUGGCCAAGACUGUGACUGUGAUUCUGGCUUUCAAGGCCACUUCCCCAGGAAGAAGGAUGAGGUGGCUGCUGGUAUCAGGGGCUCCUAACUUCAUCAUCCCUAUUUGUACUUUGAUCCAACUGACACUUUGUGGAUUCUGGCUGGGAAGUUCUCCUCCCUUUGUGGACACAGAUGCACACUCUGAACCUGGCCACAUCAUCAUCCUGUGCAACAAGGGCUCCCUCACUGCCUUCUACUGUGUCCUGGGAUACCUGGGUUCUCUGGCUCUGGCCAGCUUCACUAUGGCUUUUCUGGCCAGGAACCUGCCUGACACCUUCAAUGAAGCCAAGUUCCUGACCUUCAGUAUGUUGGUGUUCUGCAGCGUGUGGCUCACUUUCCUUCCUGUCUAUCACAGUGCCAAGGGGAAAGUCAUGGUAGCUGUAGAAGUCUUUUCCAUCUUUGCCUCUAGUGCAGGACUCUUAGGCUGCAUUUUUGUCCCAAAGUGUUACACCAUCUUGUUAAUGCCAAAAAGAAAUUCUCUGCAUGGCUUCAGUGAUAAAAGACAUAAUAGUAGAAAUAAGCAUUCUUAUGAUUAA